GUGAUGUGGUGUUGACAGGCUGUUUAUCUUCACAAUGAUCAUUAUUUUCGUAGAAACGCAAACGGUUAAUCAAGGUAGUUUCCACAAUGUCACGUGAUACGUGGCGCCACGACUGUCAGCAGUGAGCCCGCGGGAUUUAGAAAUGUGGCGGGUCGUUUGGUUUCGUUGUUAACAUAUCAAACCUAGGAGAGAAACAAGCUUUUAUAUAUCCCAUUUGGCUAACAAAUCCUUUCUGAAUAUGGUUGAGGGGCCGGGUUGCACGCUGAACGGAGAGAAGAUUCGUUCGAGGGUCCAGCAAGGACAGAAAGUUCAAGAAUUCCGAAGUCCGACGACGAAACAGAGAUAUGACCCAAAUAAAGGCUCGUUCCAGAUCCUCACUGGGUGUAAAUACACUGGAGUUGCUACCCUGGGAAAGGAACUGUUCUUAUACUUCGGCCAAAGAGCGUUGAGAGUUCACUUUGGUAUGAAUGGUUCAAUGCGUAUAAACCCUGCCAAGACUCAGGGCAGGAAAAGCCUUAGUCCGAUGCUGGAGAUCCACCUCACCAGAGACGUAAUCUUCCUCUUCGACUCCACAGCUGAAAUCAGGCUGACAGAGGACUGUGAGCACAGACUCCGGGCCAUGCAGACCCUGGAUGUGUGCUCACCCCAGUUCAGUUCCUGCCGUGCAGAGGAGGUGGUUCGAGGACAGAGAGACAGGAUGCUCUGUGAUGUGCUCCUGGACCAGACCGUCCUGCCCGGGGUGGGGAACAUCAUUAAAAACGAGGCCUUGUUUGACUCGGGCCUUAACCCUGCGGUAAAGAUCAACCAGCUGACGGAUGAACAGGUCCACCAUCUAGUGAAGAUGACACGUGACUUCACCCUCCUGUUCUAUAAGUGCCGCAAAUCGGGCUCUCCUCUCCACAAACACUACAAAGUCUACAAGCGUCCUCAGUGUGGCCAGUGCCGAAACACCAUCACAGUCUGUCGCCUUGGCGACAACGGCAGGAUGACGUACUUCUGUUCGCGCUGUCAGAGCGCCGACCCGGGAGAGGUCGACCUGAGCAAACUUCCCGCAAGGAACAGCUUACUGGACUGGGCUUACCGGGCGUCUGUGGAAGCCAGCGAUGCCGUGGCCAAGAGAGAGGAGGAGGAGUGGGCCUGUGAGCUGUGCACCCUGGUGAACCAGCCAGCGGUGAGGACCUGUGAGGCCUGCCUCACUCCUAGGACUCGGGUUCCUACAGACGAGCGCAGCGUUGAGGAGGCUUUCUUCACCAGAGAUUUAAUCAAGUACCCUUGCAAUGCCUUUUCAAAACCACGAGAGGAGCUCAAAGUCAACCGCAAGGCUGCGUUUGGAAGCACCACCCUUGUUUUUACCGACUUGUGCAAAAAGCCAAACCAAGCGGACUCUCCUUUUUCCCCAGCCAGCAGUCAUCUGAAUUCCUUGGCGGGGGAGAGAGGUUUAAAUAAACACAACGUCUGCCAAGGGACAACAAGUCCCAAUUAUGCCUCUGGUGGCUGGCAGAAUAAAAGCACAGAGCUCUCCAAAAGGGAAUCGUUGGCCUCCUCCAGUCAACCAUCUAAGAAAAUGAGAAUUGAUCACAGUCCUUUUCCUGGUAGCAAAGCUCACAAUGGAGCACGCCGUGUAAGCUCCUCCCAAACCAAAGCACCAAAUGAGGAAACACAGGGUGUUCCCACAAUCCCCUGCUGUACUUCCCAUCAGUGUCCCUGUGUCCUCCGCGUGGUCAACAAGGAAGGAGAGAACAAGGGCCGUCAGUUUUACAACUGCUCGCUCCCCAGAGACAAACGCUGUAACUUCUUUGAGUGGGCUGAUUUACAUUUCCCCCUCUGUAACCAUGGGAAACGCUGUCUCAGGAGAACUGUGCUCAAACUGGGGCCUAAUAACGGACGAAACUUCUACGUCUGCAGUUUCCUGAUGGGCAAGCAGUGUGACUACUUCCUGUGGGCAAGCAGUGUGACUACUUCCUGAUUGGCAAGCAGUGUGACUACUUCCUGUGGGCAAGCAGUGUGACUACUUCCAAUGGGCAUGAAAUGGGCCAAGCUGCUGAAACAAGUAGCUAACUUUAAGAGAUUAAGAAUAUUCAAGCGGAAGGGUUACAAGUUUUAUAAUGUUCUUAUGUUUCCUUGUGGUAAGAGCUGAUGGGUCGAUGCAAUUAAUAUAUUUUCGCUUGCUUAUUCAUGUAGCAUUGAUCAUGUCUUUGCAUUUGUUAUGUCUGGUGUGCCGUACAGCAUAUUUGCCAAGCAGUCUUGAAUAAAAUUUCAUUUUACAU